AAACAAGUAUAAGUUUCCACUGGUUGAGAUGGUUGGGAUGACUCCAACGAACCAGAACUUUUUGAUUGGUUAUGCAGUUAUGAAGGAUGAGACGGUUGCGAGUUACCGUUGGGUGUUGGAGAAGUUGAGAAAUUACAUCGGCCCAAGUGUUCAGCCAUCGGCCAUCGUCAGCGAUUGUGAGGGAGGUCUCUUUGCCCCUAUAGCGGAGCUGUUUCCGGAGUCGAGCCAUUUACUGUGCACAUGGCACAUCAACAAAUGCGUGAAAGUCAAAGCCUACAACCUUUUCAACAAGAACUUAGAUUCAGCAGAGAGAUUGGUAAAUGGUAAGUGGCGGAAGAUCCUGCAAGCUACCACGGAGGCAGAGUACGACCGAGCCUUGGAUAACUUCAAGGAUGCAUACCAAUGGUGCCCGGCAAUCGUAGACUAUGUGAUGCAGCAGUGGGUGCCUCAGAGGGAAAAGUUUGUCAAAUAUUGGACAAACCAAGUUCUUCAUUUUGGAAACACUACUACAUGUAGAGUUGAGAGCGCUCAUAGAGCUCUGAAGGACUGGAUUGAUUCUUCCACCUCUGCUCUGGAUACACUGUUCGAGAGAAUAAACAAGGCUAUUGAUACUCAGAGGAACGGCAUCAAGAACUCUCUCGAGGACUCCAGACGGCGACAUGGCACGAUGUAUAGCCAUUUCAUAUUUAAGAUUCUCCAUGGUCGUGUGUCACACUACUGCUUGGGGUUGAUUCUGAGCGAGCACACCAGGAUGAGGGAGUUGGGUGAUGAAGUGGCUAUUCGGUGCGGAUGUGCUAUAUCGGUGACUCAUGGACUACCUUGUGCAUGCACCAUUCACCGCGUAAUUACGCAAGAUAGGGCGUCGUUACAUGUUGAUCAGGUUCAUCCAUUCUGGCGGACGCUCGUUAUCGGAGAGCAUGCUGUUCCACAGACAGUCAACCGUGAACAGGAGGAGUUGGAGCAGUUUCGUUCGAUGUUUGACCAAGUGUCCUCCAGCCACCCUUCAGUCAUUCGUAGUGCUACCCACGUACUUCAUGACAUGUUCAACUCGUCGUGCUUGGAUCAUGAGGAACCUGAGGGGGUCGAGCGACCACGGGGCCGACAACCACGGCGGGAAAGGAGUGCGUUUGAGUACAUUCGUGGUCGUGGUCGUGGUCGUGGCCGUGGUCGUACAUCGUCAUCAAGUGGUAGUCAAACAUCUUCGUCGGUGAAUAUGCCCGGCACCGGCAGAAUGGACAUUGAACAUUUUCCAUAUAAAGACAGGAUCCCUAACAUCAUGAUGCCGUUCCUGGACGGGUGGAAUGAUGUGGUUGCAGAUGGUAACUGUGGAUUUCGGGUUGUGGCUGAUGUGUUUCAGAUGGGUGAAGACAACUACGGUUUAGUGCGUCAGUUGAUGUACAGUGAAAUCGCCUCAAACCGAGCUGUUUAUCGCCACGUGUACGGACAGGACUUGGAUAGGUCUCUGCAGUGUACCAACUGGAGACUAGAACGACUUAAGAUAGAUAAUAAUCAUAAUACCCAAGAUGGGAAGAAGCUUUCAUCCAAACCAAAUUACAAGUACAAUUGA